AUGUCCGCCGCCUCCGCCCUCGCCGCUCGCGGCGCCGUCGCGCCCACGCGCGUGACGCAAAAGACUACUCAAAAGGCGCAACGCGGCUCCCGCGUGAUCCGCGCCGCCAAGGGCGAUGAAGCGGGCGAACGCGCCGUGCCGCUCGAAAAGUACCGUAACAUCGGUAUCAUGGCCCACAUCGACGCCGGUAAGACGACGACGACGGAGCGCAUUCUGUACUACACCGGUCGCUCGCACAAGAUUGGUGAGGUGCACGAAGGCGCCGCCACGAUGGACUGGAUGGAACAAGAACAAGAGCGUGGUAUCACCAUUACCUCCGCCGCCACCACUUGCGCGUGGAAGGACCACCGCAUCAACAUCAUUGAUACCCCGGGCCACGUCGACUUCACGCUCGAAGUCGAACGUGCGCUUCGCGUGCUCGACGGUGCCAUCUGCCUCUUCGACUCCGUCGCCGGUGUUGAACCGCAAUCCGAGACCGUCUGGCGUCAAGCCGACAAGUACCGCGUGCCCCGUCUCUGUUACGUCAACAAGAUGGACCGCAUGGGCGCCAACUUCUACCGCACCGUCGACAUGAUUGUCAAGAACCUUGGUGCUCGACCGUGCCCGCUCCAAAUCCCGAUCGGUGCGGCCGAAGAAUUUGAAGGCGUCAUCGAUCUCAUCACCAUGAAGGCGCUCGUCUGGAAGGGUGAAGAGCUCGGCGCGAGCUGGGACGUCCUCGACAUCCCGGCCGACCUCAAGGACAAGGCUGAGGAAAUGCGCGCCAACAUGAUUGAAAUCGUCGUCGAGCAAGACGACGACGUCAUGAUGAAGUACCUCGAAGGAGAAGAACCGACUGAAGACGAGAUUCGCGCCUGCAUCCGUAAGGGUACGUGCGCGCUCGCCUUCGUCCCGGUGUUGUGCGGCUCUGCGUUCAAGAACAAGGGUGUCCAACCGAUGCUUGACGCCGUUCUCGCGUACUUGCCGGCGCCGACCGACGUCCCGCCUGUCGUCGGCUCUGAAGUCGACGAUGCCGAGAAGAAGCUCUCGCGCAAGGCGUCCGAUGACGAAUCCUUCUCUGCGUUGGCCUUCAAGGUCAUGACCGAUCCGUUCGUCGGUUCGCUCACCUUCACCCGCGUGUACUCCGGUGUCCUCCAGACCGGCACCUACACGUACAACUCCGUCAAGGGUAAGAAGGAGCGCAUCGGCCGUCUCCUCGAAAUGCACGCCAACGCUCGUGAAGACGUGAAGGAAGCGCGUACUGGUGACAUCGUCGCCGUCGCCGGUCUCAAGGACACGACCACGGGUGAUACCCUCUGUGACCAGUCCAACCCCAUCAUCCUCGAGCGCAUGGAGUUCCCGGAUCCGGUCAUCAAGGUUGCCAUCGAGCCGAAGACCAAGGCUGACGUCGAAAAGAUGUCCACCGGUCUGAUUAAGCUCGCGCAAGAAGAUCCGUCCUUCCACUUUACUCGCGAUGAAGAAACCAACCAAACCGUCAUUGAAGGUAUGGGCGAGCUCCACCUGGAAAUCAUCGUCGACCGCCUCAAGCGCGAAUUCAAGGUUGAAGCCAAUGUCGGCGCGCCUCAAGUCAACUACCGCGAGUCCAUCUCCAAGCCGGCAUCUGUCAAGUACACGCACAAGAAGCAAUCCGGUGGUUCCGGUCAGUACGCCGAGGUUCAAAUUAAGUUUGAACCGCUCGAGCCGGGCUCCGGUUUCGAGUUCACCACCGACCUCAAGGGUGGUUCCGUGCCGAAGGAAUACAUCCCGGGUGUGUCGAGCGGCCUCGAGCAAAUGAUGGGCUCGGGUACCAUCGCUGGUUUCCCGGUUGUCGACGUUCGUGCCACCUUGUUCGAUGGUGCUUACCACGAUGUCGAUUCUUCCGUCAUGGCGUUCGAACUCGCCGCCAAGGGUGCGUUCCGCGAAGGCAUCUCCAAGUGUGCGCCCAAGCUCCUCGAGCCGAUGAUGGAAGUCGAUGUCAUCACCCCGGAAGAAUCCAUGGGUGACGUCAUUGGUGACUUGAACUCUCGUCGUGGCCAAAUUUCCGAGCUCGGCGAGAACCCGGGUGGAUUGAAGACGGUCAAGGCGUUUGUUCCGCUUGCGGAAAUGUUCAACUACGUCUCCAAGUUGCGCGGUAUGACUAAGGGACGUGCUAACUACUCCAUGAAGCUUGCUAGAUACGAGGCAGUUCCGAUGGCGGUUCAGACGGCAAUCGCGGCGGAGAGAGGCCAAAAGGUUUCUUCGGACUAA